AUGGGUGAACUUCUUGCACAUGCGGAGGCGGUAGCGAAACGCAAGCUUGAUGUGACGGCUGUGAAUUCGGAGGACCUUAAAAGAAAGCUAAAAAGUGUCUCUUCUGAUGAUUUUAUGGCUUGGCUAUGGGUUGAACUUAAACUCGCAUACUGCAGAGACCGGCUAGACGAAGGGUACCUGGAACCAGUUGUUAAUAGGCUGUGCCCGGAGGUGAAACCUACGUCGGUGAAGGAGUACUUGCAGAGCCACUGGAUGGAUGCGGAUUAA